AUGGAGGGACUAUUUUCGGUUCAAAGUGCUGGACAAAGACUGAUCUCACCUUCUCUCUAUCAGUGUAUCGGUUCUGUCUCCAUCAGACGUUCGGUUUCAGGUUUUUCCAUGGACACAAGGAUCAGUUCUAGAUCUCCGUCGCAGUUCACAAUCCGAUCUCAACAGGUUAAGAUUGCUCAAGCUUAUGAAAGAGGCGGCACAGCAUUCCUCAGUGUUUUGACAGACCAGAAGUAUUUCAAAAGAGGCUUUGAAAACUUGGAAGCAAUAAGAAGUGCUAGUAUGAAGGUUUUGGUUGGUGAGUCCAUUGUGAAGCAAAACGACCCUGAGAAAGGCAUAGCUGGACUCUUUGGCAUGAACAUUUCUCAUACUUAG